AUGUCAGCUGCAGAUGAUGAUUUUCCAAGUAAUAUCGAUGAACAACUAUUAAAUAGUGUUGAUCCCCAUCAUUCAACAAGAUUAAAAUUAGAGGAAAUUGAUAAUACAUCUCAUUUAAAUGAUUCAAAACAUCAACAUAAUAAUCAAUCACAAUUAACAAAUCCUUAUCAAACAUCUUCAAAUCCUCAAGAAAGUACAAGUAGAAGUAGAAGAGUUAAUCAUCAUCAACAACAACAUUCUCAAAUUCAUCAAAAUCCUGAUGACUAUAGAAAAUUUCAAAUCCCUCCACAAUUGCAACAAGAUCCAGAUCAAUAUGCGAGACAACAUGAACAAGCACAACAACACGCACAACAACAAGCGACUGCUGCUGGUAUAAAUAACUACACUCAUCCUCAUCAUCAACAACAACCUCAACAACAACAGCAACAACAAUUGGAAUUAACAGGUCCAACUGCUGAAGAAUUAUCAGAAUAUAAUAUUCAAAUUCCAGAUCCAAUCAUUGAUGCAAAACUGAAAAUUUAUCCAGUCACUGAAAAUACCAUUACUGCUGAAGGAUAUUUAAUUACACGUCCUUAUCCUGAACAAGUUUUCAGUAAUCGUGAAGAUUUAAAUGAAUUCAUUGCUGAAUUUGCAAGAGAUAAUGGAUUUGGUGUUGUUAUUGCUCAUUCAAAUAGAAAAGCAAUUUAUUAUACUUGUGAAUUAGGUGGUCGUUAUCGUCACAAAAAAUCAAAAAAAAUUGAUGUUUCAAAACAAAUCGAUGUUGGUGAUGGUUAUAUGUUAGAUCCUGAUACUAAAACCAAAAAAUUAAAAUGUCCAUUUGCAAUGACUGCAUCAUUUAGAAAAGUUACUGGUAUGUGGACUUUAAGAACUACAUGUAAUGAACAUAAUCAUCCACAAUUAGAUCCAUUAAGUAAUCAUCCAAUGCUUCGUAAAAGAAGUGAUGAAUUAAAUCUUUUGAUCUUAGAUUUAUAUAAAUUAGGUACAAAACCAUCUCAUAUUGAAUCCAAAAUUAAAGAACAAUAUCCUGAUGUUUUAAUUAAAAGAGAAGAUAUUUAUAAUGAAAUUAGAGGUUAUAAACGCAAAUUAAAAAAACAAUCCUCAAGAUUUGGAUUCAAUAAUCCUUCAAGAAUUGCAAAUGCUCAAUAUAGGAAAAAAGCUGAACAACAAGCUGCUGCCGCUGCCGCCGCCGCUGCUGCUGCUAGUUCUGCUACUAAUGGUGUUACAACUAAUGAAAACAAUGGAGCGAAUGUAAACAAUAAUUCAGGCAACCAAAACAAUGAUUCGGAUGCUGUUGCUGCUGUUGCUGCUGCUGCAAGUGCAAAUGCAUUUUUAAAUGAUGGUCAAGACUUACAACAAUAUGAUAAUUAUCAAAAUCAUCAACAACACCAUCAUCAACAACAACAGCAGCAACAAAAUCAUCAUCAAUUACAACAGCAACAACAACAAGUUCAACAACAACAUCAAUCCCAACAAUUACCACAACAAACCCAACAGCAACAACAGCAACAACAACAAGAAGAAUUUCAACGUCAAUUUGUUGCUGCAACUCAAGCUCAACAACAUCAAUUAGAUGAACAACAAUAUCAACAAUAUCAACAACAAUUACAUCAUCAUCAUAAUUUAAAUGAUGAUGGAUCUGCCGCUGCUGCUAUUGCUGCUGUUACUAAUGUUGGUCGUCAUGCAAAUCAUUAUCAAGAUAAUGGAGAUUUAUCAAUGGAUAAUAUUGAUUCAAGAUUAGUUGGAGAAUAA